GGAAGCUUCGCUGCGGAACAGAGCGCGCAGGGGGCCGCGGUUUAGACCAUCCCGGCUAUCCCGGGGCAGAAUGAUUCCUGACUUGUCCAAAAAAAAAAAAAUCUCGUUAAAGGCAUGUUGAAGAUAAAAAGAGAUCUCCUCAUCUUUUGGAUUCUGGCUAUAUUAUAAUGAAUGACGCUUUGACAUCAGAUGUCAUUGGUCGAAGAGUUGAAGUUAAUGGAGAACAUGCAACAGUGCGUUUCUUCGGUGAUGUCCCUCCAGUGGCAGGAUUCUGGUUAGGAGUGGAAUGGGACAAUCCCGAGAGAGGAAAGCAUGAUGGAAGCCAUGAAGGGACUGUAUAUUUUAAAUGCAGGCACCCAACAGGAGGAUCCUUUAUUCGUCCAAACAAAGUGAAUUUUGGAGUAGACUUUCUUACUGCACUUAAGAACCGUUACGUGUUAGAAGAUGGACCAGAGGAAGACGGCAAAGAGCAAAUUGUUACAAUUGGAAAUAGAACUGUGCAAACUGUUGGUUUUGACUCUGUUAUAAAACGGCAAAGUCAGCUGAACAAGUUGGAAGACAUUUCUCUGAGGAACUGUGCAGUAAACGGCGCUGGUGACAAAGGAGGAAUUGCCAGAGCGUGUCCUCAUAUUAGAAAGGUAGAUUUGUCAAGAAACCUGUUAUCAUCAUGGGAUGACAUUAUAGAUAUUGCUGAUCAGCUGAAAGACCUGGAAGUUCUUAAUCUCAGUGAAAAUAAACUAGAAUUCCCCUCUUGUUCAACAUCUCUAAUCGGAACAUUUUCUGCACUGAAGGUGUUAGUCCUUAACCGCACAGGAAUAACCUGGGCUGAGGUGCUCCGGUGUGCCCCUGGGUGGCCCGUCCUCGAGGAGCUGUACCUUGGGUCUAACAAUAUUUGCAUUUCAGAAAGGCCUGUUGAUGUUCUACAGACGGUCAAGUUAUUAGACCUUUCCUCUAAUCAAUUAAUUGAUGAAAAUCAGCUGUUUCUAAUAGCAUAUUUGCCCAGAUUAGAGCAACUGAUCCUUUCCAACAUUGGAAUUUCUUCUAUACAUUUUCCGGAUGCUGGAAUUGGGUGCAAGACGUCACUGUUUCCUUCCUUGCAGUACCUUGUAGUAAAUGACAAUCAGAUUUCACAAUGGUCAUUUAUCAACGAGCUGGAUAAGUUGCAGAGUCUGGACACUUUGUCCUGCGUGAGAAACCCCCUGACUGCAGGAAGCAAGGACUCGCAGACCACCCGUCAGUUCAUCAUCGCCAGAAUCGGCCAGUUGAAGACCCUGGACAGGUGUCAGAUUCUCCCAGAGGAAAGGCGUGGAGCUGAGCUUGAUUACCGAAAGGCAUUUGGAAAUGAAUGGAAAAAGGCUGGCGGACAUCAGAAUCCAGACAAAAACAGACCAAAUGAAGAAUUUCUUGCAGCCCAUCCUAGAUACCAGUUCCUCUGCCAAAAAUAUGGUGCGCCUGAAGACGGGGAACUCAAAACACAACAACCAUUUAUACUCAAAAACCAGCUACUAACACUGAAGAUAAGAUAUCCUGAUCAACUUGACCAGAAAGUCCUAGAGAAACAACUGCCAGACUCCAUGACAAUCCAGAAGGUGAAAGGAUUGCUGUCGCGUCUUCUCAAAGUUCCUGUGUCACAGCUUCUCUUGUCCUAUGAAAGUCCCAAAAUGCCGGGCAGAGAGAUUGAACUAGAAAAUGACCAACAGUCAUUGCAGUUUUAUUCUGUGGAAAAUGGAGAUUCUCUAUUAGUGCGAUGGUAACGCCAACUAAUAAAAUUCAGAGACUAGACUGUUCA